UUUAAAAAUUUGUGAUCAGUGAAUGAAUGAAAAAGCAUGACGGCGAUGGCGACAAAACACUAGGGUUUUCAAUGUUGUUUCGAGGAUGGGAUCCGGGUAUUCCCGGGGAUUCAAGGACUCGAUCGAGUGUUUAUCGGAAAGAUACGAUCAUAAGGAUAUGGAUUCCAAAAGGAAUCUUGGAAAAAAAAGGUUAAUUGGGGAUUUGCAAGGGUUUAUUCGGGUCAGGACUGGCAGGAUUCGGGAUUCACCAAACUCUUCGAAAGGGAUGCGGAAUCCAGAGGAUCUUGUACAAGAUAUUCGAGGUACGUUUUCGUUAAUCAGAUCCGAUUGAUUCAUUAUGAUGAGGGGAUCAUUGGGUUACUAUAUUUGAUUUUUGGUGGUUUUUUGGAAAGUUUGGCUGGUUUUGUUGAAUCUGGGAUUUUGAUUUUUCGAAUCACUGAUGGAGGAUAUUGCAUUCAUGGUUUGGAUUCUUUACGUGGGGUUGUGGGUUUCGGGAACCAAUAUAAAAGAGGUCGUGAGAGUAUUGAGUGUAGCAUCGUACCUUCCAAUCUAUUCUUGCAAAAGUUUAACAAUCUUAUCUGUUUUCUUCUGGUUUUGGUGAGGAUGACUCAAAGUCAGCUUCUUGGGAAUGGCGAUGAAAUGAAGAAUGGCGAAGGAAACCGAAAACGACUGAAGAUCUCCGAUAACUCUGACCUGAUUAAGAGUUAUUCCAAGACCUUGAUAGGGAGGUUAUAUAAUGGGAACAUUGGUGUAGGAGUUUGCUCGGGUACCUGGUUAGGGAUUUGGAUCGAUUGGCUUGGUCAGUGUAUUAUGAGGCUUGCUCCUAAACUGGUCUCUUCAAACCAGUUACAGGAAGCAGAACUGGAGAUGAACAGGGCGUUAGGUUUCGAUUAUUUGGGGAAGCAAGCGGUUGAGAGGGUGUGGCUCAAGGUAGCUGUGGAGAGGAGUGUUACGAAAGCUCUGUUCAUGGUUUGUUCUACAAAAGAGAUGGCAGUUGGCUUGGGAAGGCCAGAGAGGCUUUGGUGCAAGUUUCUUGCAAGUUGGAGUGGGGCUUAUCUAUAGUAGGAUUUACUUUGGUCACGGGAGUUCUAAGGUUUCCAGAUAUGGGUCAAAUGUGUUAAUAAUGGUGGUGAGAGUUGAGAAAUGUACUUUUACUGACUUUGUGAAUUUACAUAAUCCAAUAAAAAAUAUUGAGGAUGAGUCAUCUAAAAUUGCAUCGUGGUUGAUUUCGAUAGAGUGUGCUUGGGAAAUUAAGGUGUGCCA